AUGAACUUUUUUCCAAGCGGAAUAUGUUUAUAUCUGUCUGUGGCAACCUGCUGGUUCAGCACACGAGUCGACUCAUCCUGGUGGUACAUGGGCUCUCUCGGAUCGCAGGUUAUGUGUGACAAUAUUCCAGGUUUGGUGACAAAACAGCGCCAGAUGUGUAGGCAAAACCCCGCAGUGAUGCAGGCUGUUGGUGGCGGAGUGAACGAAUGGAUCAGUGAGUGCCAGCACCAGUUCCAGCAUCAGCGCUGGAACUGCAACACAAUGGCCAGAGAUCACAAUGUGUUCGGCAAACUGCUGCUCCGUGGUAGUCGUGAGGCAGCUUUUGUGUACUCCAUCUCCUCAGCAGGCAUGGUCCACACACUGACCAGGGCCUGCAGUCAGGGUGAGCUGGACUCCUGCUCCUGUGACCCAGGAAAGAAGGGCACAUCACACGAUGCCAAAGGACUCUUUAAUUGGGGUGGCUGUAGUGACCAUGUGGACCAUGCCAUGAAGUUUACCCAAGCAUUUGUUGAUGCCAAAGAGAGUAAGGAGAAGGAUGCACGGGCACUCAUGAACCUGCAUAACAAUCGAUUAGGAAGACGGGCAGUCAAGCGUUUCAUGACCUUGGAAUGUAAAUGCCACGGUUUGAGCGGGUCCUGCAGUGUACGGACCUGCUGGCUCGCCAUGGGCGACUUCAGACAGACGGGUGACUACCUACGCAAGAAGUACAACAGCGCCACCCAGGUGGUGAUGAACCGCUACGUGACAGGCUUUACCACUGCCCACAGGAUGUUUAAGAAGCCUACCAAGAAUGACCUGAUAUACUUUGAGGACUCGCCUGAUUACUGCUUAUGGGAUCAUGAAUCUGGUUCCGUGGGCACAGGUGGUCGUGUGUGUAACCGGACGUCACAUGGAGCCGACAGCUGUGAAGUCCUGUGUUGUGGGCGGGGCUACGACACAUCCCGCUUGAGUCGAACCACCAAAUGUGAGUGCAAGUUCCACUGGUGCUGUGCCGUUCACUGCAGAGACUGUCACGAAGAGGUGGAUGUCCACACGUGCAAAUCCCAGUCGUGA